CCAAAAUUCAAAAUUUUGGAAUCCAAUAUGGCGACGGGUAGGAGUCGUUCUCGUCCAAAUAUUUUGAUCACUGGAACACCAGGAACAGGGAAGACGGUGCUGGGAAUGGAGUUGUCGAAAAGAACAGGCAUGAAUUAUAUAAAUGUCGGAGAGUUUGCUAAAGAAAAUAAUUUUUACGAAGGUUGGGACGAGGAGAGACAGUGCCACGUGCUUGCCGAAGAUAGUGUAGGUUCAUUUGUUUACAAUUUUAGAUUUGUAUUUUGUACAUGGUAUACAAGAAUUAGGAUUUGAGCGAUUAUUUUUAUAUACACAAUAAGCAGUACAGCAAUAUUUAUCCACAACUUGAAUAGUGGUUGGUUUGCUAACCAAGAUCUUUAUGAAAUUCACUCGAAUAUUUCUUAAAUCCUGUCAUUUUCCUACUUGUUUAUAUAAUUCCUGUUGGGGGCCAAAUAUCUGUGGAAAUAGAAAAUACUUUUCACACACUUCUGAGGGAUGUUGGCAUGUUGCCCACACAAGCUUGACCUUUAAUGAACAAAAAUAUCUUGUAUUUACAUUAAUAAAUUGAUAUGUACAAAUUACUGCAUCUCGAACUAUUAUGGGUCACGUCCAUAUUCAUGUUGCCAGGCAUAACAUCGAAUCGACGUUAUCACCAGUACCCACCCACCCACUUCAGAUAACGUCAAUCGUUAUUCGUUACCCUGUCGUAUUUUGACCGCAAAAAGAUCUCAAAAUCAAAAUGGCAACUGAAAUAUGGUAUAUAAUCAAUCAAUUUAUCUCAGAAAUGCAUUAAAGUGAGUGGAUGGGUAGGUGGGUCGGACACAGGUCAGGCUAGCACAAGGCAAGCAAAAAAGUCUCGAUGAUCUGGACCCUACCCUUGGCAGCAGUGUGUGAGAAAAAAUUUUCUGUCUCUUCCAUUCCUCAGCCGGCAGAAUAUAAGAUGUCUCGAUGUUUGAGCAAAUGCUGCAUUGUAAUUAAGUGAACUAAAUAUUCUUGCAAUGUGAAAUGACUUUGCAAAAGCAUAUUUGACUGUGAUGGUAAAAUGUUUCUGUGCUAAUUCUUGUAUUGAGAUUUGCACGUACACAUGGACUGAAGCAAUGAUUGUCCUGAUGUAAGAGUUGAAAAUAAUGCUUGCAGGUUUUAGACGAGCUGGAAGAUGUAAUGUCCGAAGGCGGGAAUAUUAUUGACUAUCAUGGUUGCGAAUUCUUUCCUGAGAGAUGGUUUGACAUUGUCUUUGUUUUAAGAACAGAUAACACACUUUUGUACAACAGAUUAGAAAAAAGGUAGGUAGCUGAGUUAUAGUCAACACUGUUGUUGCCAUUUGUAUCAAAAGAUGAAAGUAUGUUAAGCUUCCAUAUUUGCAACAAAGCAUGUUACACACGUAAAAAUCUCGCAACUUGUCAACAAGAUACAUGUGUUCAACAAGACAACUUGUGGAGAAAUUUUUGAAUUGCAGGACGAUAACAAGUUGUUGGAACAACUUGCAACAAGUCUGUUGAGCUCAACAACCUUGUGGCAAGUUGCCAACAAGCCGUUGAUAACUUGUCAACAAGCUGGGAACAAGCAGUGCAAACACAUCCUGUUGACAAGUUGUUGGAACAGCAUUGCUACAAGUCUGCUGCAGGUUUGUUACAACUUGUCCGCUUUUUAAUAUGUGACAGUGUAGUUGAACAUGUUUUGCUGAGAUCAAAACCUAUCAAAGAUGUUUUCAAGAAUCUUUAAAUUGUUAAUUCACAUGCACAGAAUUCACCACACCAUGAAUGCAAGAGGUGUAUACCACCAGAAAUUUGAAGUAUUUAAAACAGUUCUUGUGUCUAGGGAGUAUCCAGAGAAAAAAAUUCAAGAAAAUGUUGAAUGUGAAAUAUUUCAAACAAUCUUGGAGGAAGCGAAGGAAAGUUAUUCGGCAGACAUUGUUCACGAGUGUCAAAGCAACACACCCGAGGAAAUGGAGACAAAUUUGGAUAAUAUUCAGAGAUGGCUACAACAGUGGCCCGGUUAAUAAUGCAUAGUGUCUCUAUUUUGUUAUUGUUGCGAAGGGAUUACAAAUUGAAGUGUUGCUAUGUAAGUUGUACCUCACUGAAUACAACUAGCUGGGUUUCUGGUGCGAUAUCUUAACAUGCAAUAACGCAUUCGUAGUUGUCUUCAGUGAAUAUAAUAAAGUGUCAAAGUCUGAAAACUGUGAGCAUUUACACUAAGUGAAAUGCUACACAAAAAUUCAUUCACAAUAUAAAACAGAUUUUUAAAACUGAAAUUUUAUUAACAAGAACUAUAAAUACAACAAUAUACUAUUAAUAAUUAUGUAUUUAUUGUUUUAACCAUAUACUGUAUAUUGCAAAAAACAGCAUACCAAGAUAUGUCCACUUAUAUUAUCAUGUUUCUUUUUGCACAGUAUCACAACAACUGUAUAUUAUUCAGUUAUAGAGUUAUCUACAUCCAUUUGUUCUGUGCUUGCUUCCUCUGUUAUUGUAUCUUCAGUACCUGAGGGGUCUUUUGGCAAGUCUACAUGCUGUGUUGUAAGUGAAGAACUAUUUAUGUCUGACUCAGCAGUUGUAUUGUCAGGAUUUGGAUCUGUUUCAUGUCUAUCAUUCUCCAACAUUUCUGUAUUAUUUUCUUGGUCUUCUACUACUUCAGUUUUCCUUGUAUUUAGUUCAUUGUUCGUAUCAACAGACAAGGAGGAAUCUGGCCUCGGAGGAUUUAGGUCAAAUGCACUUCUGUUAAGAAUUUCGUCAUCCUCAUCUGAUGUCUCAUCAUCGUUCUCUUCUGGUUCUCGUUCAUGAUCAUUGUUCAUGUUUGAUGUCUGGGAUGAAUCGUCCCUUUCAGAUACAUUAUUGUGACUUACAACAUCGCUGUCAUUCUCUGGAAUAUUGGUGAGGCCAGCUUCAUUAUUGAUGUCAUUUUCUGAAAUAUUGGCGAGCCCAGCUUCAUUAUUGCUGUUAUUUUCUGAAAUAUUGGUCAGGCGAGGUUCAUCAUUGCUGUUAUUUUCUGGAAUGUCGAUCAGGUCAGCUUCAUCAGUCAUGUCAUUUUCUGGAAUAUUGGUCAGACCAGCUUCAUCAGUCUUGUCAUUUUCUGGAAUAUUGGUGAGGUCAGCCUCAACAUUGCUGUCAUUUUCUGGUAUGUUAGUCAGGUCAGUUUCAUCAUUGAUAUUGUCCAUGCUGUCAUUCUGGUUGCCAUUUGUAUCUCCAUGGAUUUCGUCAGGUACCAUAUCCGCGAGGGUUUCGUCUGGUGCUGUAUUCUCAGAACCAACAUUUGUCAAACUGGGUUGUUCAGAAGAGGAAUUCUCCUCAUUGGUUUCCUGUUCAGCAUUUGUUGAACCAUCUUCCAACUGAGAUUCUAAAAGAUAAAAAAGAAUUAUAAGUUGCUAUAG